AAAAUGUGUUGUUUCGGUGGCGCGGCCUAGACCUAGAUUUCCCACUAGUUAAGUAACCGAGAAAGAUAACUAAUAACAGUUUAGUACUCGCUUACUAACAAAGUUGAAUUGAAAUGGAUAAAAGAACGAAUGGAGAAUCGAUGUCAUAGCCCAUACGCCAUACCCACGCCUACAGCUUCUACUCAAUGGCCAUACAGGCCCUCUCCCAUCAUCUCUCUCGUCUCUCCUUAGCGCCAUUUCUCUUUCCCUCCACUCGGAUCGCGCUCAACCCUCCUUCUUUUCAUCACGUCGUUUUCUUUCGCCGGAAUCUUCAUCAGGUUCGCCCUUUCUUCCGCUCCAAUUGCUCUCGGUGUUUCACCGUUACUGCUUCCAACUCUCGAGACUUCAGUGACAGUACGCAUGAUGAAAAAUACGAUGUUAUUGUGGUUGGAGGAGGACAUGCUGGUUGCGAAGCUGCCCUUGCAUCUGCUCGUUUGGGUGCAAAAACUCUUCUUCUCACAUUAAAUAUUGAUCGAAUUGCAUGGCAGCCUUGCAAUCCAGCAGUAGGUGGACCUGCUAAAUCGCAGCUUGUGCAUGAAGUGGAUGCCCUUGGUGGUGAGAUUGGGAAGAUUGCUGACAGGUGCUACUUACAAAAGCGUAUUCUCAAUGUCUCAAGAGGCCCUGCUGUUCGUGCUUUGCGUGCACAAACUGACAAACGAGAAUAUGCUAUGGAAAUGAAAAACAUUGUGGACAGCACCCCAAACCUUUCCAUCAGAGAAGCCAUGGUAACAGAUAUAUUAUUGGGAAAGAAUGACAAUGUAGAAGGUGUACGUACAUUUUUUGGCAUGAACUUCUAUGCUCCUGCUGUUGUCCUCACGACAGGAACUUUUAUGAGUGGUAAGAUUUGGGUUGGCAAAACUUCUAUGCCUGCAGGAAGAGCUGGGGAGUCAGCUUCACAUGGACUUACUGAAAGCUUACAGCAAUUUGGAUUUGAAACUGAUCGGUUGAAGACUGGAACUCCAGCACGUGUUGACAUUCGUACUGUAAAUUUUUCAGCAUUAGAAGCUCAGCAUGGCGAUGAAGAGGUUGGUUGGUUUAGUUUUGAUCCUGAGUUCCAUAUUGAAAGGGAACAGAUGUGCUGCUAUCUCACACGUACGACAAAGAUUACACACCAGUUAAUUAAUGAUAACUUACAUGAAACUCCCACUUAUGGAGGAUGGGUUGAAUCUAAGGGGCCUAGAUAUUGCCCCUCAAUUGAAGAUAAGAUUGUUCGAUUUAAGGAUAAGGAGUCACAUCAAAUAUUUCUUGAACCAGAGGGUCGAAAUGUGCCAGAGCUCUAUGUCCAGGGUUUUUCUACCGGUUUACCGGAAAGACUACAAUUACCACUCUUGAGAACUUUGCCUGGACUCGAAAACUGUUCAAUGCUUAGACCUGCAUAUGCAGUAGAGUAUGAUUACUUGCCUGCUCACCAAUGCACUAGGUCUCUCAUGACAAAGAAAUUUGAUGGGCUUUUCUUCUCUGGUCAAAUAAAUGGUACCACAGGCUACGAAGAAGCCGCAGCACAAGGUAUUCUAUCUGGUAUUAAUGCUGCCAGACAUUCAGAUGGUAAACCACUCAUCGUUCUUGAAAGGGAAAGCAGUUACAUAGGAACAUUGAUCGAUGAUCUGGUCACUAAAGAUCUUCGAGAACCUUACCGAAUGCUAACAAGCCGCUCAGAACAUCGGUUGCUGCUUAGAUCAGAUAAUGCUGAUAGCCGUCUCACGCCUUUGGGCCGAGAAAUUGGGUUAAUAGAUGAUAGACGCUGGAAACUGUACCAGGACAAACAAGCUCAAAUUUUAGAGGAGAAAAAGCGGUUGAAAAGUGUUAGAAUCUCAGGAGGAGAACUAGCAGCUGAAAUUACUCGUCUAUCAAAUCAGCCCGUGAAGGACCAUUCAACACUGGAAAGUCUUCUCAAGAAACCACACAUAGAAUAUAAGGUAUUUGAUAAACAUGGUUUUGGGAAUGAAAUGUUAUCAAGAGCAGAAAAAGAAUGUGUUGAGGUUGAUAUCAAGUAUGAGGGCUUCAUUGCACGUCAGCAGAGCCAACUUCAACAGAUGGUCCAUCUACAACAUAAACUGAUUCCAGACGGUUUGGAUUACUAUGCAAUGACAACUUUGUCUCAUGAAUCACGUGAGAAGUUAUCGAAGGUAAGGCCACAGACCAUAGGUCAAGCAAGCAGAGUUGGCGGGGUGAGCCCUGCUGACAUUACUGCUCUUCUCAUCAUCCUUGAAAGCAAUCGGAGGAAAGCGCAAGAGCAGAAGAGACACGAGAUGCUAACUGCUGUGAAGAUAGCUAAAGAUCAAGAUACGCAUGAGGUUCCCUUGACUGAGUCAGUUAGCUCAUGAUACAUGUUGCUAAAAAACUAUGCUAGCGACAUGCUCUACUUGUCGGAGUCAAUCAAGAAUGUUAUACCAAAAUGCAUUAUGGAGCAAAUCAUAUGUUUCAAAAGUCGUCCCUUAUAAUCUCAAACAACUUGGUGGCCAAAACUUCUGAAAAAUGGUCAAAGGACGAUGUGGAUGAGUAUUUAUGAACUCAUUCAUCUCAAUUUUCAGCUGCGAUGUUAGCUCCUCACUGAUCCUUGCCCUACAGCAAGGAGUGAAGAUUCCCUUAAAUGUUGUGUCUAAACUAAAUUUAUACAAGGAUAAAUAGAGUUGACCUCAUUCGUAGUUGUAUUUUUUUAUAUUUAUUAACUAGGGGAAAAACUAAAUUGAGAAUUAUACCAUUUGUGUUGUGUGUAUAGCAGAAGCACACACGCAUUCAACCACCAAGGCAAGCAUGCAGAGAGGGCAGCGACUGAAGUUCAUACUAGACCAUUCCGAUGGAUCUCAUUGCUAUACUAUCAAUCUCAUUCAUGUUCUUGAGUUUCAAAUAACGUAAUGUAACGCAAGAAUUAAACUAACAUAGUAAGCCUUGAUGUAGAGGGUCAAAUUGACCUAAAUUUCUAGAGGAGACAGAAUAAAGUUUGUCGAA